CCAACUUUCGACUGGUCGGACGUCCCUCAGUUUCGAAUCGCAAUCGCAAUCGCAAUACGACUUCCGCGUGUUCUGUUCAGUUCUCGUGUAUUCAGAUCCAGCGCGCCAUUCAAGAUACACGAACCCCAAAGAUACUUUCGCAUCCAUUCAGUUGCUCGAUUCAGUCGCUUGGCAUUGCUCCGAGAUGCCGGUUCGCAUUGCGCGCUGCCGCUCGUUCGUUGGUUACCAUGAUUCGAUGGUGAAUAAUAAUGCGUUCGCGAUGUGUUAAAUUUACGAAACAUAUAUCCAAGCUAGCAAUUUUAAGCAGAACAACAAUCCAUUUAUAAAGCAUCAUCAAAAUCCCAGAGAUAUCUGCCAAAAUGAUGGCGCUCGACGGCAAGGCGAUAAUUAAGGAGGAGAUUACCGACAAGGACGCCUACGACGCGGCAGCAGCGGCGGUGGCAGCGGGCGCAGCCUUGGCGGCGGCCACCGCAGCGGCUGUCCAGGUGCCACCCGCGUCAUCGCUGGCGUUGGCCGCGGCAUCAGCGUCAGCGGCAGCUGGGGCGCCCACCAACAACACAACAUCGGCGGCGGCCACAGCGGCAGCAAUUAGUCGCCGGCUUAAAGCCAACAGCAGCAGCAGCAGCAGUGGCGGGGACAAGAGCUCCUCCUCCUCCUCGAGCAGCAAGGACAGCAGUCACACAUCCAGCUGUAGGAGCGAAAGGGACAGGGAGAGGGAGCGGGAGCGGGAGCGGCUGUGCCGCACUCCGCCAGACUCUCCGCCGGACAGCUCGCGCAGUCUGGCCCCCCGCUCGCCCCACUCCCCGCUGCAGUUGCACCAGCGGCCGCAGCGCAAUGCCAGCGUAUCGCCGGUGGUCAAUGGCUCCUCCUCGGGCACCUCGCCCACGCCCACUCCGGGCGGUCAGCAGCAUGCCGCCUCCUUGGCCGCCGCUGCCGCCGCCGCCGCUGCGGCCGCCCAUGUGGAACAGGCGCGACUGGUGGCCAAGAUGCGUAAGUUCCUGGGCGCCCUGGUGCAGUUCUCCCAGGAACUGGGACAGCCGGAGGUCAGUGAGCGGGUUCGCGCCCUGGUGCUCUCCCUCUGCUGCGGCAGCAUUUCCGUGGAGGAGUUCCGGCUGGCUUUGCAGGAGGCCAUCAACCUGCCGCUGCGGCCGUAUGUGAUGCCGCUGCUGAAGAACAGCAUUGCCCUGGUGCAGCGGGAGGUACUGGCCUUGGCCAGGGCCACCAACCAGUCCGCCCUGCAGUAUGUGACCUGCAACGAGCAGGCGGUGAUGGAGUUCGCCCCCCACGGAGUGGCCAGUGCCGAGUUCGGGGACAUCUUCGUACAGUUGGAGGCACCCACAUCGAAUGGCAGUGGCGGUGGCGUCUUCAAGCGCCGCUCCUCGGACUCCAUGAUGGAGCACGGCGCACACAACGGCCUGCAGGAGUGGAGUGAGUACAUGGCCAGUGGGGGCGCUGGGUAUCCGCCACCGCCCAGCAAACGGCUGACCCUGCAUCCCUCGCACUCGGUGGUGGCCUACGGCGAUUACGGCGUUUCGUCGGCGGAGGGACUGCCCUCGGCGGCUGCUUUUAUGCAGCGGGACGAACGGGACUUGCGGAUGAGCGAGGCGCAGGCCAGGCAUGCCGCUGCUCCGCCACCCCGAGCCGGGAAUCCCAAUCCAAACCCCAAUGCCAACCCAAAUGCAACGGCUCCUGGUGCCCCGGGAUCGGCGGGUGGCGAGGAGGAGUGGAAGAACAUCCACACCAUGCUCAACUGCAUCUCCGCCAUGGUGGACAAGACGAAGCGGGCCAUCACGAUCCUCCAGCAGCGGGGCAUCGAGCCACAGCACCCGAGCGGCGGUCAGGAGGUCACGCCGGCGGCCAUGGCCGAGCUGCGAAGGCAGACGGAGGAAAAGGUCGCCGAGUUCAAGCGGAACGCCGAGGAUGCCGUCACACAGGUAAAACGGCAAGCUGUCAUCGAAAUCCAGAGGGCAGUGGUGGCCGCCGAAACCCGGGCGGCUGAGAUCAUGACCCAGGAACGCCUGCGCAUGGAGAAGUUCUUCAUGGAGAUGAGUCGCCAUUCCAGCGGAGAGCGCGAUCUGGACAACAAGUCGCCGUCGAUGGCCAGUGCUCAAAAUGGCAGCAAUAUGCAGCAGCAGUGCUGGAAUUGUGGUCGCAAGGCCACAGAAACCUGCUCCGGUUGCAACAUGGCCCGCUAUUGCAGCGCCUCGUGUCAGUACAGGGAUUGGGACAGUCACCACCAGGUGUGUGGCAAUUCGCGGGCCAGUGAGCUGAGCGCCAAGCACCUGCACUCGGCCAGCAGUCUGCGCAGUGCAAUGGCCACCAGGUCGCCACCCACGCCCAAUUCCGCGGCUCAUCUGCAGGCGGCGGCGGCAGCUGCUGCGGCUGCUGCUGCGGGCGCCCGUGAGGCGGUCGGCGCUGCCAGUGGCGGCGGUCCUGUCGGAGGUCCUGGAACAGGACCUCUGCCUGUCGGCGGAGGGGCAGGAGGAGUGGGCGGUGGCGGUGGUGGCCCCACUGGAGGAGGAGGCGUCGUCGGGGGAGGAGGUGGGGGCGGAGGAGGAGGAGGUGGAGGCGCCUCGGCUGCCGCUGUAGCGGCUGCCACACCAGGUGCUUUGGUGGCCAACGGGUUGGGCUCCAAAUGACGCAUUCGCAUGAUGAAACCCAAGAAGAAGUACUUGUGCUAGUCAAAUUAAAUGGGGGUGAACCACAAAAACCAUAUACACACUUAAAAUUAUGCAGCUAAUAUAGAGUUAUCCAAAAAUCCAAAAUAAAAUAAUAGAAAAACGAGUAUUGUCAGCAUCGUCACUAAAAGACACAAAAAAACUAGAUGAUGAUUAACAUCCAAAAUUGAAUAAAUAGAUACUGAUUAAUGUGCAUUUUCAUUAGAGUUUAUACAUUUCCAUAUUUCAAGCAGAAAACCAUUAAUCAACGGGUUGAAGGGUAUAAGGGUACUCUUUAAAAAAUAAAAAGAAAGGUUUUCCUAACUUAAAGCACUCAAAAAAUUCUUUUUAGGGAAUUUAAGAUGUCCUUCAAUUUUCAACCUGUGACUUAAUAAGUGUACCAAAAUUCCAUUUUUACCAUACGCACUUUCAUCAAGAAAAACGUAAAAUGCAUAAAUAUUAUUAACAAUAUGUGCACACUAUUAAAGAUUUCAUAAGCAAGUAAAAUCAUUAAAAAGCAAACACUUGAUAAACAGUGAAAUUCUGUAAGUAAGCAAACCCAAAGCAAAAACAAAAAACUGAACAUAGUAGAUUUUAUUAAUACAAUACAGUAUAUUACUACGGAUAUGAUUAUGAUUAUGAUUAUGGAUAAUUUAUUGAAUGAGUUUAAUUUAUUGAUUAGUAUUUAUUGUAUUCUAUAAACUAAAGCGUAAAUGUACUUUUAUCAUAAACAAAUACCAAGUAAAUGUUACACCAACAAAACCAAGGCUGCAAGGCUACGACAAAGAAAAACCCAAGAAAUAAAGUGUUUUAAACCAAACGAAA